AAAUUAUACGGUGCAAAAUAACAUAAAAAAAGGGUUGAGAUAUUAUAUAUUUAUUUAAAAUUGAGAAAAUGAAGGUUUGAGAGUGAUGGAUGAAAUCAUAACGUUUCCUUAAAGUUUACUUAGAAAAAAGAAAAAGAAACAAAAAGAAGGAUAAGCAUAAGAUGGCCCCAAAUAGAAGCAAACAAAACCAAGUCUUCCUUCUUCUUCUCUUGUAUGGUUAAUUAUUCCCACCAUUCUCUCUCACUUCUCAACCAACUGCCCCCUUCUUCUUCCCUCUCCAUUUCUAUUAUCUUUUCAGUUGGUUCCAUUGUCUCAUUCUUUAUACCUUCUUCAUCUUCAAUCCAAUCCAAUCCAACAUGCCUCUUCUCACCUUUCUCCUUGUUCUUCUAAUCCCACUUCAUCUUCAUGUCCACGCCCGCUUCGUCGUCGAGAAGAGCAGCAUCUCCGUCCUCUCUCCCACCUCUCUCAAGUCCAAGCACGACGCUGCCAUAGCCAACUUUGGGAUCCCUGAUUAUGGUGGUUUCAUAGUCGGCUCUGUUUUCUAUCCUCAAAGAAGCGCUUUCGGUUGUCUCCCUUUCGAAGGCGACAAGUCUUUCAAGUCCAAGACCUCUCGCCCUACUGUUCUUCUUCUUGAUCGUGGAGAUUGCUACUUUGCGUUGAAAGUAUGGAAUGCUCAACAGGCGGGAGCGGCUGUAGUUUUAGUAGUGGACAGCAUCGACGAGUCUCUAAUAACCAUGGAUUCACCUGAAGACGGCACCGAAGCAGAUGGUUACAUUGAAAAGAUACAAAUUCCGUCUGCUUUCAUAGAGAAAUCACUGGGCACAAGCCUAAAAGAAGCAGCGAAGAAUGGUGAUGAUGUUGUGAUCAGAUUAGACUGGAGAGAGUCGGUUCCCUAUCCAGACAAUCGAGUGGAGUAUGAGUUUUGGACCAACAGCAAUGACGAAUGUGGGAGUCGUUGUAAUGAGCAAAUGGAUUUUGUCAAAAGUUUUAAGGGUCAUGCUCAGAUUCUGGAGAAAGGAGGUUACACUCAGUUCACGCCACACUACAUCACUUGGUAUUGCCCUGAGGCCUUUAGAUUUAGCAGCCAAUGCAAGUCUCAGUGCAUUAACCACGGUAGAUAUUGUGCACCAGACCCAGAGCAAGAUUUUGGAGUUGGCUAUGAAGGCAAAGACAUUGUGUAUGAAAAUCUCAGACAACUUUGUGUGCAUCGAGUUUCCAAUGAGACCAACCGCUCCUGGGUUUGGUGGGAUUUUGUUACAGAUUUUCACGUUAGAUGCUCCAUGAAGGACAAGAGAUACACCAAGCAAUGUGCCGAGGAUGUCAUGAAGUCUCUCGAUCUUCCAGUUGAUAAGAUUAAUGAAUGCAUGGGUGAUCCUGAAGCUGAUGUGGAGAAUAAGGUGCUCAAAAUUGAGCAAGAAAUGCAGAUUGGCCAUGGGGAUCGGGGUGAUGUUACAAUCUUACCCACAUUAGUGAUUAAUGAAGUUCAGUAUCGAGGAAAAUUGGACAGAACUGCUGUGCUGAAGGCCAUCUGUUCGGGAUUUAAGGAAACUGAGGAGCCUCCUAUUUGCUUAACUUCAGAUAUUCAAACUGAUGAAUGCCUUGAAAGGAAUGGUGGCUGUUGGCAGCUCCUACAACAAAACAUAACUGCAUGCAAGGAUACAUUUAGGGGACGAGUUUGUGAGUGUCCUAUCGUUAAUGGUGUUCAGUAUAAAGGAGAUGGUUACACUUCUUGUGAAGCAUAUGGACCUGCAAGAUGUACGAUUAACAAUGGCGGUUGCUGGUCAGAAACUAAAAAUGGAUUAACUGCCACAGCUUGCUCAAAUUCGGAUAUAAGUGGUUGCAAGUGUCCAUCUGGAUUUAGAGGUGAUGGCCAAAAUUGCGAAGAUGUUGAUGAAUGCAAGGAGCGUCUUACUUGUCAGUGUGAUGGUUGUAGCUGCAAGAACUUUUGGGGUGGAUAUCAAUGUAAAUGUAGUGGUAACCAAGUAUACAUGAAGGACCAAGAUACUUGUAUCGAAAAAAGUGGAUCAAAAGUUGGAAUGUUCCUCGUCUUUCUGGUGCUGGCAGUGGUCGUUGGAGGGGGAUUAGCCGGUUACAUGUUCUACAAAUAUAGGCUGCGGUCUUACAUGGACUCGGAGAUUAUGUCUAUCAUGUCGCAGUACAUGCCACUAGACAGCCAGAACAAGGUUGAAGCCCACAUUGAAACUGAAACGCUAAGACAAGGCGCAGUGUAACGUGAAAUGAGAAAAAAAAGAGGUGGAGUAAAAGUAUUCAACAAAGACAAGACAAUGGAAACGCAGAGAAGGCAAGAUGGAGCAUAGCAUACCGGAUACUUGAUACAUAGAUAGAAUGUGAAUUCGGCUCUUGUAAUAUCAUAAUGGUGGUACUGCUAUUGGUACCUUGGCUUGUCGACUUAAUUUACAAGUUGGAACAUUUUUCUUCAGAUCAUCAUUCAUCACAAUCUACACUUUCUUUCUUGUA